AUGGCUUAUUUUGACCCAAUACUGGGCCUCUGCACCUCGCUUGUUCUCCUGCCUUUUUUGCACCCAAGUCGCACCGCGAGAAAAAAAGCCUCGUCUUCAUCGGGUUUCCACCACUUAUCAUUUCUCCACCACGCCCCUAAUACCGCCGUUGCCGCCUCAAUCCUCAAUUGGCCUCCCACUAAAGAACCAAUAAAGAUGGCCAGACAACGUUAUGCUCGAAUAUAUUCACAUGGUAUUGCCGUGGUGGGCAUCAUAGUAUUCAUCCUGACGGCCCAUUUAUUCACCCAAACUUUGGAAGGGGCUGACUCGCCUGGGUGCCGCCAGGUGUUCAUGGGCCCGUCUUAUGCUCGGAUCCGUGCCUUUGACGAAUCGCAUACAAAAUUUGCAUCCAAAUAUUCAUUGUACUUGUAUCGAGAACAGGGUAAAGAUCCUCUUCCAGCAGACAAUGCUGCUGAAUUUCUCGAUGGUAUUCCUGCUUUAUUUAUCCCUGGAAACGCUGGAAGCUACCGCCAGGUCAGAUCAAUAGCGGCAGAAACUUCCAAUUUGUAUUUUGACGAUAACGUCGGUGCCAAAAAUUAUGACUUUUUUUCCGCCGAGUUUAACGAGGACUUUUCUGCAUUCCAUGGUCGAACUUUGCUCGACCAGGCCGAGUUUUUGAAUGAAGCCAUCAAGUACAUUCUUUUUCUUUACAGUUCCAAACCAAAUCCUCCAAAAUCGGUGCUUUUACUUGGACAUUCAAUGGGCGGAAUAGUAGCAAGAGUCAUGCUCACAUUGCCGAAUUACAUCGAAGAUUCAGUUCAGACUAUAGUGACGUUGGCUUCGCCUCACGCAGCAGCUCCACUUACUACUGAUGGUGACAUCUUGCGUCUUUACUCUGCAAUUGACAGAUUUUGGUACGAAGGAUAUCACCUUCCCAAAGACUCCAUUCAAAACCGACGCUUACUGAACGUGACUCUCAUAUCGAUUACUGGGGGUCUACUAGACAAUACUCUUCCUGCCGACUACACAACUUUGGGAUUUCUUGUUCCUGAGUCUCAUGGAUUCACCGUUUACACUACUGGCAUAAACCACGUUUGGACUCCGGUGGACCAUCUAGCAAUUGUAUGGUGCAGCCAGCUUCGUACUCAAAUUCUGCGAAUGUUAUUGGAAUUUGCCGACGACAAGGUCCCUACUAAACAGAAACCAUUGCAAGAUAGAAUGAAAAUUGCCAGAAGACGAUUGCUCACAGGAUUUGAAGAUGUUUGCAAUCAAGAUAAAAAUAUUCAAAACACUCUGCUGGACAGAGCAAUUCAACUAGUAGUUGACGACUCGCAAGUCAAGUUCUUGCAGAGUCACGAACAGUUGCGCAUAUCGGAACCAACCCCAAAACUUAUCCAUGCUUUUGAUCUUAGCGACCAAACAAGUUUUAGUCUUGUCAGCUCAAAUAUUCAAUCGUGGAACAAGUUUGCGGAAAACCGUCGUCAUGUUUCCGUCUUACUAUGUAACAAAUACCUGAAAGAGGUACCAACUUCGAAGGUAUUUGUGCUAAGUGACCAAGAAUCUAGCGACAAACUUACUUAUGUCUGCUUUGAUGCAAAGGACGAUACUCAUGUCAUACCCAACUCAAAAGCUGACACACUCAGAGAAACUUCCAGCGGUGGAAGAAAACAACCAUUUGACGCAAUACGGUAUAACAGUAAAGACUUGGCAUCUUAUGAAUACGCAUUCAUUUUCACCGGUGAAUCAGAAGAUUUUGUGGCUGCUGAUGUGAAACCAGACUUGGAACUCGUUGCCUCAGAGAGUCUCCUGUCCCUAAUUUUGGGAGAUACAAACAUUGAAAUACCUCUGGACCGUCCAUUGGUAUCCAAUAUCAAGGUACGUGGGGCAUGGAGCAGUAUCUUGGCAUAUAGACUCAGCUUUGAUGGGUACAGAGGAGAAAAUGAGCCGUUUGCUCCAUUAUUGAGACAAUGGAAAUCCAACCCAUAUGAAACAAAAUGGCAUCUACAACCAACCAAUGUCUUGCUCACCGUCCAUGGUGUUGCUCCAUUCACACCGUUCAAGUACGACAUGAAAAAUCACGACCAAGGGCUUAAUCUUGAGUUGUGGUCGGUAUCAGAACCGAGCCAGCAAAGAUUGCGUUUGACGUUGAAAGUUGACAUAAUACUGAGCUUGCGGUUGCUCGUUUUACGUUACCGUCUUGCAAUCAUAGCCUUUUGUGUUGCGAUCACACUAGCCGUAUUCGCGAUUCAAAUGAACACUUUUCUUCAAUCCAAGACGUUUCCAGGUUUUUCCUAUGCCUUAUCCGAAUUGACUUCGCCCAAAAUAUUUGGCUUAUGUUGCUUGGUUCUUUCAAUUUUGACCCCUCUUGCCAGAUUACCAACGGUGCAAAAGAUCUUGGAUAUGGUGGACCCUGUGGUACUUCAAGAUAGAAACGAGAUCAAUAUGAGUUUGCAUACUGACUUCAAGCUCAAUUCAUAUUAUCUUGGACUCGAGGAAAAUACCCUUUGGUUUGUGGGUCCACUUUUCUACAUCAUUGGUGUGGGCAUUGUCAGUUUAACUUACUGGAUAAUGUAUGGAGCUACAAUUUUGUUGAGUUUCAUUAUUUUACGCUUUUCUAAAAAGCCAAAUAAAAAGGAAAUCAACGACAAGGAAACCAUUGAAGUUAACUCAUACGACAGAAACAGAAUAUUGCUAUUCCUUGCCGCUUGUUUCUGCACUUCAAUUUACCUUCCGUACCAACUAGCAUAUGUUGUAUGUUGCAUUAUCCAGGCAGUAGUUGUGGUGAAAUUGAGUUGCACAGGAAAUCGAAGCUUGAUCAACUAUCAUAUGACAGUGUUGCUUUUGAUGAUUUGGGUUCUUCCCAUAAAUAUUCCCGUGAUAAUCGUGUUUGUUCAUAAUCUCAGUGUGGAUUGGACUACUCCAUUUUCUUCUCAUCACAAUUUUUUGGCGAUUUUGCCAAUUAUGUUGGUGGUGGGCAGACAUGCCAAUAGAAACUACUUGCCAAAGUUUGAAAAAGGCAGUGCUGGACUUAAAGUGUUUUACGGCUAUAUCGGGUACUUUACCUUAUACUGUCUUGUAUACGGUAUCCGGCACACAUUUUGGAUCCACCAUUUAUUAAACUUGAUGUUUUGCAUCUUGUUCAUUCAAGAAGUGGAAACCAAUAAUUAG